AUGGCUUCCAAAUCCAUUCUUAUUCUGUCCAUUUUUCUCUUGGUAGCCACAAAGGUAUUUUCAUAUGAUGAAGAUCUCAAGAUAGUGGUGAGUCCUUCAAAUCCUCCAUCACCGCCACUAGUGAAGGCACCAACUCUUCCACCACCGCCACCACCGGUGAAAGCAUAUCCUCAUCCCCCAGUGAAGGCACCAACUCCACCACUACCACCUCCACAGGUGAAGGCACCUCCUCCUCCCCUAGUGAAAACACCUCCUUAUCCCCCAGUGAAGGUACCACCACCACCAGUUAAGGCACCUACUCCACCAACACCAGUAGUGAAACCACCUGUUGUUUCAGCUCCACCACCUCCCAUGGUUAAAUCCAAGAAGGAUUGCAUUCCACUAUGUGAUUAUAGGUGCCAAAAUCACUCAAGGAAAAGAGUGUGCAUGAGAGCAUGCAUGACCUGUUGUGACCGCUGCAAAUGUGUGCCUCCAGGAACUUAUGGUAACCGCGAAAAGUGUGGCAAGUGUUACACUGAUAUGUUGACUCAUGGCAACAAAUACAAGUGCCCAUAG